UGGCCAUUUGCGGCUCCAGCCGUGUGGGGACCAUGCGAUGAAGUCUGUCUUCGGUGGGUGGCUAUGGACCUGCUGCUCAUCUGGAGACACCAGCCCGGAUCGCCUCGAUCGCCUGGAUCGCCUUGAGCCGGAAGAUUGGGCCGUGAGUCGGGAUGAUCGGACGAAGCCGAGUUGCAAGUCGCGGACCACUCAGGUGCUGCCUGCGCCCUCGCCAUCGCUUCCUUGUAGGCCUUGUAAGAGGCCUGACCUGCUGGAUUUCGGUGACUGCGAGGCGACCGCGGAGCCGCUGAAAGAUACAAAAGGUGCCGGCAGCUCGACCCCGCGAGCUCCGGCUAUGCCUGCAGCCACCUACCAGCUGCCCCUGAAAGCGGCGAGCUUUCGCACCGCCUCCGCCAUACAGGAGCAGGUGCGCAACCUGAGCAAAGGCUCGCGGGGCUCCGCAGCACGCAACCUCAGCAAGGGCUCGUCGAGUGGGAGGAGCACCAAGGCGUGGCAGGAGGUUCGCCCAGAAGAGUCGCUGCCGGGCUUUCCGCUGCUGAUUCCCAGUACGGAGAAGCGAUCAAAGAGCCUGAGCACCAGAAGCACCGCCAGGAGCACCGCGGAGAGUCUCAAGCGAGCCGUGGACAGCGUGGGGACAAACUCUGGUGGCACAGGUCCCUCCGCGGACGGCAAGAGUCCUUGGUCACCUGGGACCAGUCGUAGCUUCUCCAAAUCGAGCAAAGACGCCGUGAUCAUUUUCGAUUGGGAUGACACGCUCUGCCCGACCAGCUGGGCCCUGGAACAGAUCCGGAACUGCCCAGACACCGCCGCACUGCUCGAGGCCGAGAAGGCCCACACUGAGCAGCUGGACGCGCAUGCCGCGGCGGUGGUGGCGCUACUGCGGGCGGCUCGCAGUUGCGCCCGCGUGGCGGUGGUGACGUUGGCCACCAAGGAGUUCUUCACCCAAAGCGCCGAGACCUUUUUGGAGGGCGCCCGCAUCAAGGAGCUCUUCCGCGAGCUUGGCAUCAAGGUCUACUUCGCAGAGCGAGCCCAGGAGACCAACAAGGCCACCGAAGUCGCAGCCAAGAGCCAGGCCAUGACCCAGUGCCUCUCCCAUCUCUACGGCAGUCAGCUGAUGAGGUGGAACGUGCUGGCCAUUGGGGACUCGACGGUGGAGCUCGAGGCCCUGAAGAAGGUCUUGGCCGGCAAGUGGCGCACCCCGCUUUGCAAGACCUUGAAGUUCGAUGCGCGGCCCAGCCUUGACCAGCUCACGACGCAGAUCCAGACCGUGACCCCACAUCUGGCGGACAUGAUGGCCUGCAGCAAGGAUUUCGACCGCUUUAGCCUUCAGCCUUGGGGCUGAAACGCCCUUUGAGUGACCACGGUGACCCGCUUUCGCCUUUUUGGCGGCCGAUCUGAGAUCCUCAUGUAGACUUCGAGCAUCCUGGGGAAGAUGCAUACUUUUUAGCAGCACUUUAACUGGGUCCGGCUUUGGCGCGGGGUCAGGCC